AUGGAUUUCAACUUCAAAAAGAUUGCCAGUGAUGCUGGAGGAUUCUUCAGCAGAGCUAAGCAGCUCACCGAAGAAACUUUUCUGAAAGCCGAACGUACCGAACUAGACUCACAUUUCGAGAAUCUUCUCAAACGUGCCGAUAAGACCGAGGACCAUACCCGCCGUCUUCUCUCUUCCAUAGAGAGUUAUUUGCAGCCAAAUCCAACCGUCCGUAUGGAAGAGGUCUUUUACGAAAAACUGGAACUCAAAAAAGAUGGAGUUGUACGACAAAACAAUCUCGAGCAACUAUCCACAGCGAUGACCGAGGCUGGCGAGACGUUUGGAGAGACCACCCCAUAUGGAACGGCUUUGUUGAAAGUCGCACAGACCGAGAGCCGACUGGGACAAGCUGAACGAGAACUUUGUGCUCAGGCCGCAACAAACACUUUGCUCCCAAUCCGACGUUUUUUAGAGGGCGAUAUGAAAACAAUUCAGAAAGAAAGAAAGGUCCUCAAUAGCAAACGACUCGAUUUGGAUGCAUGCAAAAGUCGAUUGAAGAAGGCGAAGAAUGUGGAUACUCAGGCAGUGACCAAUAGUAAAACCUCAGGAGGGUUUACGGUUGAGCAGGCGGAAGCUGACGUGCGUGUUGCUCAGGCAGAAUUCGAUAAACAAUCGGAGAUUACUAAGUUGCUUCUAGAAGGAAUUCAAACUGCACAUAACAAUCAACUGAAAUGUCUUCGAGACUUUGUCGAGGCCCAAAUGUCAUUCUACGCGCAGGCUCAUCAACUCAUGGCGGAUUUGCAACGCGAAUUGAGCGGUACAAUGUCGUUCCGCGGAAGCUCUGCAAUUUUGGUGAACAAUAGCGGCGACCCGCCAAAUGGACGAACGAUGGCGGCGGCUAUUGCAGCGGCCAAGCCAAGUGGUUUGCUGCCCGAGGAUCUUGGAACCAAACAAGCCAAAGUGAUCAUGGACUACGAGGCGGUGCUGCCUUCUGAGAUUAGCGUUAUUCAGAAUGAUAUUCUCAUCGUGUAUCGUCUUCCCGGAAUGGAUGCCGAGUAUGUGAUGGCUGAGAAGGGAGGAAAGCGUGGAAAGCUUCCAGUCAGCUACAUUGAGCUGCUCUGA